AUGCCUGAGGAAGAACACGACGGCGCCUCUGUCAAGGAGCAGCUCGUCGCCGCCUGCCGCGGCAACAACACCGAGCUGCUGACCGAAAUCCUCGCUGACCGGCCCGACGAAGAGAUCACCAAACUGCUCAACGAGACGACCACCGUGCUAGGAAACCACCUGUACCACGAGGCCGCUCUACGAGGAAACUAUGAGAUAAUCGACCUCCUGCUCGAUCAGCCAGACUUCGAAUGUGAUCCCAUCACACGUCUCGACGCAGAUACACCUCUCCACUCCGCGAUUCGCUGGCUCAACUCGGAACCCGUCGCGCAACGGCCCUUUGGACUGGCGCUCAUUGAGAUGAUGCUCGAGGCCGGCUCGAACCCGCGCCAGAAGAACAAGGGCGGCAUCACGCCUUUCCACCUGGUCGAUCCGGGAAACACGGAACUCCGGGACUUGAUCCGUAAAUUUGAGUUUGCGACACAGAACAGCGGCGACUACGUCAACGUGGAGCAGCCAAAGGCGGCGCAGGGCAUUGUGCAAGACGAUGAGUCCGACGACGAUGCUGAGUUUAGCGGGAGUGACGAGGAAGAGAGGGCAGAGUGGGAGGGAAGACGAAGUCAGAAGAAGAAGGCAUAG